AUGAUGAUGAUGAUGACAAUGUUUCCAAUUAUUCUACUUGUAUUCAUAAUUUCUUUCGAUACUACUUAUGCUGCAUCAUCAUGUUAUUCAUGUAAUCCUUGUGGGACAACAUGGAAUCCAUCGGCCGCUAAUGUAAUUCAAACAUCAGGCCUCAAUGAUUAUUGUCGUAAAACAGUAACUGGAACUCUUGUUGUUAAAGAUUCAGUAUCAACAUGUAAUUCAGUUAAUAUUCUUAAUAAUGGAGUUUAUUGUUGUCAAACAGAUUUAUGCAAUACAGCAAAUAAAUAUUCGCCAAAAUUAAUUAAUCUUGGAUUUUUCAUAUUGAGUUUUCUAUUGAAAAUUUAUUAUGAGAUAUAA